AGUGCAUCAGGAAGUUAGAUAACAAACAUCUUCACUAUCUCAUUCUAUCGAGUGUUUAGGAGCGCAAGGAGACUAUGGGAUACUUUAUACUUGUUGUAUUUUGUGUGCUGUCUUUUGUCCAGCUGUCCUUACAAUGGGCGGAUUGUGGUUCGGGACAGGGAAGUUUGAUACAUGUAUCGAGUCUUGAUGUUCAGUCCGCUAAAGGCAACUUGACAGUACAUUUUGAGGGAUCCAUUGAGUCAGCCUUGCAUGCUCCACCUAAAAUCAAUAUCACUAUAGAGAAGAACUUGAAUGGACCAUGGACAACUGUUCCAUGUAUAAACAAGAUAGGAUCAUGCCUUUACGAUGGAAUGUGUGAUUUUGUCAAAACAUUUUUCAACCAGAACACCUGUCCGAAAAUAUUACGAGGGUCAGGUUGUAGUGGACUCAGUAUAUAUGACCCGAUUCCUUACCAUCUAGAUUCAAUAGUAUCUUUCGAUCUGUCUAAAGCAGCAGAAGGUGUAAAGAGUCGACUAACGGGAACAGCACUGAGAGUUCAGAUGGAGUUGUUACAAGGGAACAAACUCAUCGGCUGUAUAUCGAUGUUUAUCACACUUGAACUACCAUGUACCGGAUUUGGAUUCGGAUGCAAAUAAUCAACAGACAUUUAAUUUCUAAAUUUGUGAAAUUUCAAUAUUUGGAAAUAAACUGUCUCCUUUGAAAUAAUCUUAAUUUCUCAAUUUACAUGUUACCUGUAAAAUAAAUGCGC